UUCAGGAAACACGAACGAUGACACCCACUUCGAGGGACGAUGAAUUUGUCGAUAAAAAGGUGGACGAGGGGGGUGUUCUGAAAUUCCAAAUGCUUUUGGCGGAAGGAAAACAAGCAUAUAUAUCGGGGAGAUUUAAAGAAGCUGAAACAAAACUGAGCGAAGCUGCUGAGCUUUCUGUCAAUAUUUAUGGAUAUUUUACUAUCCCAACAUUUGAACCUCAUCUGUAUUAUGGCAAGACUUUGCUUGAAUUGGCCAGACUGGAGGAUGGUGUCUUUUCAAAUGCUCUGCAAGGUAUUACAGCUACCGGUGAAGAAGUAUGCAAGAAGCGGACCAACGAUAAGGAUGAUGAUAUCGAGGAAGUGCAAUCACUUACUGAAGAAGAAAGGGCUGAAACUGUAGAGAGGGUUGAAAAUGCUUGGGAAGAGAAUGCCGAAGCCCUGGAGGAAAAGAUUGCCUGCUGUCGGGUUGAUUCUUCCGGUAUGCUGGAGAACAAUAAAGAGGAAAGUGAAGAAAAGAGGGCUGAUGUUGAUGCUGUCAAGAAUGAAGCAGAUGUGACUAUGGAAGGGGAUAGAAGUAGCACGGAGAAAGAGCAGACCAAGGGAGACUAUGUAGUCAAAACUGAUAAGGAAGAUGAAGAUGAAACGAUGGGUCAUAAAGAAAAAAGAAGCAAUACUGAAGGAGAAAGAGAUGAAAAUAUGGAGGACGAAAAGAAGGAAGGAAAUGAUGGAGUUGAAGACGAAAAAGAGGACGAUAAACUAGAUGAAGGUGGUAAGGAUGGGAUUUCGGAAGAGAACAACAGCAAAGAUGAAUCCAGUAAUGCUGAAGAUGUUGAAUAUCUGCAGUUAGCGUGGGAGAAUUUAGAAGUUGCGCGAACCAUUUGUGAUAAGCAUCUGGAAGAAGAGGGUUGGAAGGAAAAGAAAGUGGAAGUUCUUCUGGAUCUCGCUGAUUGCUCAACUGAUGCAGAGAAUUACAAACAGGCAGUUGAUGAUAUUGACGCAUGUAUCUUACUUACGAAAAGCAUUUUCGGUGAAAUCGAUCGGCGUGUUGCGCAGGCUUAUUUUGUAAAAGGACGAACUCACAACCUUGCCAAAGAUUUUGGAAAUGCAGCUAAAGUUUUUGGAAAGUCAAAAGAAAUUUUGGAAGCGAGACUGACGGAACUCGAAUCACAACUAGCGAAUGCAAGUCAGGGAGAAGCAGAGAAAAUUAAAAAGGAAGUUUAUGAACUCAAACCUCUGUUGCCCGAAAUUCAAACAAAAAUCGACGAUUCUUUGGAAAGUGAGAGGAGUUUAACAAAAGAAAGUAUUUUCGCAGGUGAUGAAGGGGACAUCUCACUGAAAUCAUCGGUAGGAGGAAUGCCUAUUGACGAUGUUAGCAAUUUGGUACGUAAAAAAUUAAAAAGAUCAGCUGAGGACGAAGCACAACGGAAACCAAAAAAGACUAAAGCUAGUGGCGAUGUUGAAAAUGCUGCAGUUGAUUCUUAAUCCGAAAUCUAAUAACAUUGGUAAAACGGAGAUUUGUUUCCAGUCGUUAUUGUUCUGUUUUUCUACUUCUUUGUUUUGUAUUUUCUCUUCGUUGUCUUGAAAAAAGUUUCUUCAGACUUCUGAACUUUGAAAUAUUUCUUUUUAUUUGUUUUUCAAACCUUUCCGACUUUCUUGAAAUCAUUUGCAGUAUCUGUUCAUCCUCACUUUGUAUGGCUUUGUUAGCGGGGGAGUAAGUUGUACAGUGUCAUUAUCUAUAAAUACAAUUUACAUGAGAAGUACAGCGGCUGCUCUCUCUCUUGUUUCUCUUAAUUUCAUUAUACCUUAAGUUCAUAUGCCUCAUUUUGAUCGUUGGUCUCGUAUUAUGAUGUGUUUUAUUUUGAUGUUACAGUUCUUAAAUUUAUUUUUAUAACCUU